AUGUUCUCUUUCGCUAGUUCGGAGUCGUCAACCAUCGUCUCCAGCGCCGGCGGAGACUUUCGCGCUUUCAAACCAGGGCCUCUUCUCGUGGCGGGCGAGGCCAACCCCCGACGCCCGAAGUCGACAGACCACGAGCACCGCCAGCUUCUUCGGUUGACUGGCUUCAAGGAGGAGGAUGUUGAGCUGAUGAAAGUUCUCUUCGACAUGUACGACCGAGAUAGGGACGGGAUGCUAACGGUCGAAGAGGCUUGCCUCCUUUGCACACAGUUUAUCCAGUCGGCGGGCUUCGUGAGGGGAAGUCACGUGCCGCCGACGGCUCGCGGAGGACACACCAAGCACUUCUUCCGGAUGGCCAACAGAAGCUCAUCCACUCCGAUGGGUUCGAAACAGGCAAGAUUAUACUCGCUCGAGACCAUCCGGACGGAUGCAUAG